AUAGUGCAUAUCAAUAAACAAUUAGUGUGUUUUGUACAGUGCUUAUAUACACAUGUGCGAAUAACAAUGAGAUAUUAAUAAAAUAUUUUAAACAUUCGCAAAAAAUCUGACGAACCCAAAGAUUGGUAAAAAUCAAUUAGUUGAACUUUAAUCGAUUAUUUAGAAAUGGGAAUUUUAGUGGAACAUACCGCAGCUUAGGAUGAUGUAUAGUUGCAGCUUAUUGUGUAUUUUUAUGAAGAGGAUAAUUUAUAUAUCACUUAUCGAAUUUGACGAAUCACCAUACUAUAAUAAUUAUUGAAACGAAACGAAUCGACUGAAAGCCAUUUCCAGAGAUUGGUGUGCAUUUACUUCAAUUAAAGAUGAUGAAUAUCCAAUGCGCCAUAGAUAAAGUUCUAUUUCUGGCAAAAUACCUCAUGAUCCACAUAAAUUGAGGGAAAAAUUGUUGGAUAUUGAUUAAUGAUAGAAGAUUAGUUGAAACACAAUUUAAAACUUAAAACAAUAUAUGUGUGAUGACAAAUCUACAUUUACAUCAGCCCUCUUGGUCAGUUUAAAAUUCUUAUCAUCGAUUUUCAAAAGUGACCGAAUUUGUAGCAGCCGCGAUUUUAAAUGUUCUGUUCAAACAGCCAAGCUUUUCAAAGUUUAUCAGAAAAAACUAAACAGUUAGCUCAGAAAUGUCACAUGAAAGUGAACAGCCAGAAAACGUCUUCGAACAAGAAUUCCUCUAGCAAAUCAUCCAAAUUCUAUCUUUGCCCAUGUGGCGUAUUACCUUCGAGUUAUGGGAAAAACACUAGAAGGGUCAGCCAGACGAAGUGGUAUGUCAAGCAGCCUACUUGGCGUUUAUGGGGCGAAGAGCGUGUGGAAGGUGCUAUUUACACCGUGUACCUGAAAAAAGUGCGUUAUCAUAGACCUACACCGAGUGCAUCUAGUGACUCUGAGGACGAAAUUUCACACCUGGAAUGGGAAACAGUUCGGGUCCGAUUCGUCAAAGCUGGUACAUUGGCGAGAUUGGUGGAAGCUUUGGCUACAGAUGAUGGAGAAUUAGAAAGCACAUAUGUCAAUGUGUUUCUGGCCACUUAUAGAGCGUUUGCAACGACAUUGCAAGUUUUGGAACUACUGACAGAACGCUACAAGUAUUUAGAAGAUAAUUUAACGGAGAGCGAACAACAUAGAAAAACUUUAAUAUCAGCACUCCAUGUCUGGCUAGACAGUUAUCCCGAAGACUUCAAAUCCGCAAACGAAACUCUAUCACCAUGUCUCUCUCAUUUGCUCCAAUUCACAACCCAUUACUUACCCCAUUCGGAUUUGCAUGCAAAAAUUUCACAUCGGGUCAACAAAAUCGGUUUAAAAAGCGGAUCCGUAGAAAACUUACUUUAUGCCGCUAUUCCAAAAAAUCACAGCUGCCAAAAUUUUGGAGAAUCGCAGACUGUAGUAGACAACGGAUCACUAGUGUAUUCUACAAGAAAUUAUGCUCAACUGGGGAUGGAAAAUUUCACUUUCGGAGUAAAAUCGCCACCUAUGACCACAUAUUUGCCGGAUACAUAUGUUCCAGACCAUAGAAGCCAUUUCGUUCACGAAUUUAGCCCAGAAGUGGCAGGGCUAGAUUUGGACAUUGCUGGAAUAUGCCUGGCACCAGGAAUGAGGACGCCUCUGCAUACGAUGCAGGGAUAUAGAUUUCCCAAUGUACCUGAGAAGCAUUUUGCGGAACAGCUGACUAGAAUGGAUAUGCAACUCUUUAAGAAAUUAGUCCCGCAUCAGUGCUUAGGAGCAGUCUGGAGUAGAAGAGAUAAAGACAGGCAGCAUGAAGCCGCAACAGUAUUAGCAACAGUCAACCAAUUCAAUGCUGUUUCAUUAAGGGUAAUAUCAAGUAUUUUAGUAGAGCCAGGACUUAAGCCAAAUGAAAGAGCUGCAAUCAUUGGCACCUGGAUCGAUAUUGCACAAGAACUGCGAAUUUUGAAGAAUUUUUCAUCACUUAAAGCUAUCAUAUGCGGACUUCAAAGCAAUCCUAUAUACCGAUUGCAAAGAGUUUGGUCAGCAGUAGCUCGUGAUAAAUUAGAACUAUUUAGUGAAUUAGCAAGAAUUUUUAGUGAAGACAAUAAUCAAUGGGCACAACGUGAACUUCUUAUGAGGGAAGGCACCGCUAAAUUUGCAGACACUGCUGGAGAACAUGACAGACAUUUGCAAAAGGUUUUCCAAAAGCAAAACAACUACUGUUCCAGCAUAAGCCACGGAACGAUACCUUAUUUAGGGACUUUUUUAACUGACUUGACAAUGAUUGACACAGCAAUACCUGAUACUGUAGCAGAAGGACUAAUUAAUUUUGAUAAGAGACGGAAAGAGUUCGAAGUCCUGGCUCAAAUAAAACUUCUUCAAGGAGCGGCGAAUGCUUACAAUCUUUCUAUUGAUCCAUUAUUUGAUCGAUGGUUCGACUCACUACUAGUCUUAGAUGACCGACAGGCUUAUAGUUUGUCUUGUCAAGUUCAGCCUAAUGCUGAUAAUGGAAAAGUCAACAAAAAACCACCACAGGGUCACAAGAAAAAUGAUUCUAUAACGAGCACAUCUAGUAGCGGUGGGUCACAAUUCUACUACGAAAUUGCUAAUAGUGCUCCAAAUUCUAGAAAUAAUAGUUUGGAUAGAGGGGUAUCUCCACCCGGAAUGUCAGCUGCCUCCAGCAGUUCCAGCCUUCCAUCCCUGGACGUUUCCUUAUCAAGUGCUGGAAGCGGUGCUUUUCAGCAAAAGCACAACACUCUUAAACAAAAUGGAACAUCACCGCAACUCAACUCAACUGGACCUGAUUUUUAUAUUAUUAAAGUCACAUACGAGACUGAAAGCCGCGAGACGGAAGGAAUAGUUCUCUACAAAAGUAUAAUGUUAAGUAAUAGCGAACGCACACCACAAGUUAUUAGAAAUGCUAUGUUAAAACUUAAUUUAGAAGGUGAUCCUAGUAAAUAUACACUUGCACAAGUAUUGCCUGACCGAGAAAUGGUUCUUCCUCAAAAUGCUAAUGUUUACUAUGCUGUAAAUACAGCAUACAACUUGAACUUCAUUCUUCGGCCCAGGAAGGAGGAACUUCAACCAACUAGGUGACAUAGCUUAGGAGAUAUUUUGCUAUAAAUUGAAUUGUACUGGAUACCAUCAUUUUAGUUAUGUAUUCAUAAAAAAUCAUAUUUAUUGACGAACUGUAUUGUUGAUAGUAACGUUAGCUAGCACGAUAUCAAGCAAAAUUGAGGAAAUGAAGCAGAUUUUCCUUUGGUUUUUCAUAUUGUAGAAUUGAGUUCACCCAAAUACUCUAUCAAAUUAUUUAUUAGUAUUUUUCGUAGUCUUUGAAAGACAAAUUUGGAAUAGAUUUAUAUUUAAAUGAAGUGAAGAGAAGUUUUUUGAUUGUCUUGAUUGUUGAAAUCAAAAGCUUUCUCCAACUAGUGAGUCCUAUAUUAAAUCUGUUUAAUUGUCCAAUAUUUA